GUUGCAGGUGAGAAUAAUAUCGCCAUUGGACUGGAGAUAUGCAGGAUCUGUCUCUGGUGGAGUGGUAGACAUUAUUCAAAGGCAGAGUGCUUCCUAAUUAAUACCAGCAUCUUGUCCUCUGAAUGGUCGUCAUUAUCAGCUGACUGUUGUUGCGGUUCUUUUGUCAGGACCCCCGCCCCAGAACGGAAAGUGCCGAGGCCGGAUCUCUCGCCCGAUCGAUCAGCAAGUAACUUGGAAGUGAAUCUUCAGCUGCCACAUUUUGACAACUUCAGGAAUACACCUUCUCCCUUUUCUUCUUCGCGCACAGCACACUGCAUGAGAUGGGUGCUUCUGCGAGCGACAGCGAAGUCCGCUGUAAGACGCAGGGCUGCUGCAACGCUCGUGAAUCGCCAAGAUCGGUGUCCCCGGAAAUGUCGUCUUCCGCCGUCUGCUGUUCCGAGUCGGUGA